CACAGCUGACAUGACACAUUGACGCCACUGCAGCAGUGCAUUACAUUUAUUAAAAUUUCUAUACAUUUUUAUAUCGUAGAAUAAUAAAUAAAAAUAAUAAAUAGCCAUGCGUUCAUCUCGAUAUAAUAUAUUAUACAUUAUAAUAAUAUCGUUUAAUUAUUGUUAUAAUAUUGUUUUGCGGGCAUACUAUUAUUUCGCAGACGGCCGUGAACGAGAAUUCAGAAUUCGAACUGGUUACCAAAAGCAGAGAAGGACCUUAUAGAUAAGCGGUAUAUAGGUAUACGAUGGUGAAUGGUGGACGCCGCCGUUCACUCCCGCCGCUCGACACCGCCGGUGCAUACCGCACGGGUUCGCGAGCGUGCGGAAAACGACACGGACGUAUCGCGAUGACCGACGGCGCGGCGGCGGCUCAUGCGUCGGAUGUACCGGGCCGCGGCGGCCGGCAGCGGGAGUCGCGUUUCACGACUCGCGGGAACAACAACUGCUCGCGCGCACCUACGCAUGGUAAUAAAAUUAUUGUAUUAUUAUUACGUCGCCCGCCGCGUGUGCAUUCUAUGGAAUAUGUAGCCCAGCGAAAACCGUUCAAGUGGAUAUAAAAUAUUAUAAUAUAGCAAGACGCAAGGGGUCUGAUUUGGCCCGUCGAACGACCAAUGGAACAAACAUGCGAGAUAGAAGAGCACAAAGAAGAGACGUACAAAUCCAACCGAACAAUGAAAAUGUACGUGUGAACAUUGUGCGAUUGCGUGAGGCACAAGCUGAACAAAAUCAAAUAAGACGAUUAGAAGCGCGUCAAUUCGUAGUUGACACACGCAGAGCAAAUGACAGACAACGCCAACAAGUACAUAGAGCAUUUACAUCCAAUUCAUUCCUUCGUCUAGCAUUCGAGUAUGGGCCCGAUAUUGAAUAUUACGCUCAUUCGAAAGUAGAGAUUGGUGCUAUGGACAAGGAAUGCCCGCAUUGUAAUGCGUUGAAGUUCAAAAAUGAGCCAGCCGGUAUGUGUUGCGCGUCAGGAAAAGUGCAACUACCGGAAAUUGAAACACCACCUGAACCAUUGAACGGUUUACUUAUCGGUACGGAUCCAGAUUCUAACCUGUUCCUGAAGUCAAUUCGAACAUUCAAUUCAUGUUUCCAAAUGACAUCGUUCGGAGCAACAGAAAUAGUUAAAAAUAAUGCUGCAAAUGGUUAACAAUUUAAUUCAACAUUCAAAAUC